CACCGCGCGUUCAACCCCUUGCACACAGCUCACACAGCUAGUUGCUUGCUGCCUGCGUGAUCCGUCAAACGUUCACUGAUUUCAUAACACAAUCAUCACGCCGAAGCGAAUCAGGUUCAGCUGUUGGCAGGAGUUCGUCGUCGUCAUCGUGACAAUUCGGCAUUUCGUCGUCGUGCAAAAUUAACACCGUGUUAUCUGUUCCGCCCCCGUCCACACCGUUGUCUUAUCAGUGCGAUAAUUUCAGCUGAACAAGCGAAAAGAUGAACUCCGUCACGAAACUGAUCUCGUUCCGUGGGGCGACACCCGCCGUCGUCGGAAGGUUGCUAGCCGGAGGAGUCCCACAGCGUUGCAUCAGCACCGGCCAGCCGCGGUUCUGCGUGUUCAAAAUCCAGAGCCCCCAGGAGUUCCAGGAGAAGGUGAAGGAUAGCAAGGAUCCCAUCAUUGUGGACUUUUUUGCGACAUGGUGUGGUCCGUGCCGGAUGUUGACUCCCCGCAUCGAGUCGAUCGUUGGCGAACAGAAGGGCAAGGUUAAGCUGGCUAAGGUGGACAUCGACGAGCACACGGACCUGGCGCUGGACUACGAGGUUGCUUCGGUUCCGGUGCUGCUGGCAAUCCGUAAUGGAAAGGUGGAGCAGCGCCUGGUGGGACUUCAGGAUACGGACAAGCUCCGGAACUGGGUCGAGAAGGUUGUGAAGAAUGAGAAGUGAGUGGUCAUCCCAGUGAGAACCGAGUCGCCGGAAGAGGCAUUUUCCAGCAUGGUUUUGGGGUGAAGACGACGGAAGGGGAAAAGAUCCUUUCCGAAAUGUAGAAACACGUUUGUUGAGGUGAGCUUACUCUGAUUGAUGAUCCCAUAGGGAAUAGUGACUUCUGUCUUGUCCGUUCGUACUAUUUUUAGACCCGAGAGAGCGGGA